AUGCCGCGAAUAAUUAUGAAAAGUGGUGUUUGUAAAAAUACAGAAAGUGAAAUUUUUAGGACAACCAGGAUAAAAUGUAAAAAAAACCAGGGAAGUCGUAUUGCAUCAUUGAUUUAUAAAAGAUCAAAUAGUGUUAAAUCAAAUGAUGCGAUACUAAUAUUCCAUUUAAGAAAAUAUAUAUUAAAUGGAAUAGACUUAGUAAACUUUGGUUAUCCUGUUGAAUCGACGUAUUAUCCUGGUUGUGCUAUUAUUGUGAGUAAAGAACAACAUCGUCCACACUCACGUGUUAACAAUCAAAAUAAUAAUAACUAUGAAAAGAACUCACAAAAACGUAGUCUUAACGUAAAUGCUGGUAGUGGUAGUACAUCAAGUUCAGUUGUGAAUUCUGAUAUUGAUCAAGAAUCUUCAUCAGAUAGUGAUAAAUUUUUGGGGUCUAUUCAAUCGUCAUCAUCAUCUUUAUCACAUUGGUUGGGUGACUCAUGUGAAAAUUUACGUUCAAGUCCAAUAACAUGGAAUAAUAUUGAUCAAACACAAACUGUUGAUCAUUAUUGUGUUCGUUGUUUCAAAAACUUUUUAAUAAACCGUGAAACAAAUGUGUAUAUUACAAAAGAUAAAUGCAUAUAUCAUUGGGGAAAAUUACGUAAUUAUCAUAACUCAAGUGAUUCUAAAUGGAACUGUUGUGAUGGUGAUGAAAAUUCAAGUGGUUGUACUGAAGGAAAUAUGCAUGUGUGGACUGGCAUAACUCAAGGUUUUAAUGGACCAUUUGAUGGAUAUUUACGGACAAAACCAUCACGUGUAAUUUCAUGGGACGAUAAUUAUGGUGUUUAUGCGCUUGAUUGUGAAAUGUGUUUUACUAAAAAUGGUCUUGAAGUUGUUAAAGUGAGUGUUGUUGAUAUUAAAAAAAAUAUUGUGUAUGAUACACUGGUUAAACCAGAUAGUGAAAUUAUUGAUUAUAAUACAAGGUUUAGUGGUAUUACAGAAAGUAUGUUAAAAAAUACAAAAAAAACUUUAAAAGAUGUGCAAAAAGAUUUAUUGUCAUUUAUAAGUGCUGAAACAAUACUCAUUGGUCAUGGUUUAGAAAAUGAUUUAAAAGCAUUAAAAAUAUUACAUUCGAUGGUUAUUGAUACGUGUGUUGUGUUUCCUCAUUUUUUGGGUUAUCCAUUUAGAAGCAGUUUAAAAACAAUUGCAAAAAAAGUAUUGAAAAAACAAAUACAACUAAGUAAACAUGAUUCGAUUGAAGAUGCUAAAAUUGUUGUUGAUUUAUUAUUGGCAAGAGUUGAACAUGAUAAAACAAUAUCAUUACAUAUAACUUUUAAUAGAUUUCAAUAA